AUGAAAGGAAUAGUCUAUAAGAGUUGUGUGAGAUCAGCAUUGCUGUAUGGGAGCGAGACAUGGUGUUUGAGUGAAAAUGAGUUGGGUAUUUUAAGGAGGACAGAGAGAGCGAUGGUGAGAGUGAUGUGUGGGGUGAAGUUGAUGGACAGAAAGAUAACUGAGGACUUGAUGCAGAUGUUGGGUUUGAGGGAAGCGGUAGAUCGGUUGGCGAAGGCAAAUGGGGUACGUUGGUAUGGGCAUGUGCUGAGGAGGGAGGAUGGGCAUGUAUUAAGAAGGGCCCUUGAUUUAGAGGUGAGCGGUCCAAGGAAAAGGGGAAGGCCAAAGAAACGUGGAAGAUGCAAGUGGAGGAGGAGAGUGGGAAGGUUGGGAUGA